AUGACAACAACGGCAGCAGCGCCAGAAGCAGCGCUUGGGGUUCUCCCGCGGGCGGAUGGGUCUGCAAAUUACUCUCAUGCCGGCUACACAGUAACAGGGUCUGUUAAUGGCCCGAUCGAAGCCCAACGGAGGGACGAGCACGCAUAUGAAGCACAUGUGGAUGUCGUGAUACGACCAGCAGCAGGUGUAGGAGGGACCCGGGAGCGGCAUCUUGAAUCUAUUCUCCAGUCCUCGCUCACCCAGCUUAUCCUGGUCAAGAAUUUUCCGCGUUGCCUUGUCCAGAUCGUGCUUCAGGUCGAAGACUCGCCUGAGAACGACUAUGUGAAUACGAAGCUUGUCCAAGCGAGUUUGAAUUUUGCUAUUAUGCCGGCGUUGAUGCAAACGGCUGUUCUUGCGCUCCUCUCAGCCGGUGUACCAAUGCGAGCGACGGCAACCGCCACGGCGAUCGCAGUUAUGCGGCAAGAAGAAGGCGCCCCGACGCUGGUGGUAGACCCUUCAACGAGGGCGAUUGAAACGGCACAGUCAGCCCAUGUGUUGGCCUUUACCUCCCAUGGUGGGCUGCUUUUAGCGGAGAGCGAGGGAGAUUUCACAGUCAAAGAGUGGGAUAGUGUGUAUGACACUGCAAGGGAGAUAUGCUGCCGGUCUGCGCCAACAAAGGAAGGAAUGGAGAUGGUGCUAGAUGAAGAGGCAACAAGAGGCCCGGAUAUGCGGCAGUUUCUCCAGUCGACAAUGGAGGCAAAGGUAGCGAAGGAUCUGCAUUGGAAGUGA